AUGCCAGCGGACGUUGAUAGGGAACCCGUGUCUCCAUCAAAGGGUUACUGGGACGAAUGGGUUCACGAGUGUCGCCGUCUCGAACGCGACAUUGCGCAACUCAAGUCGUUCUGGGACGCGCCAGCGCUGGAUACGCAUACGCGCGACCCAGCAGAGGCCGUUGCGCCCGCCGCUGACCUCUUUCGUCAAGCUGUGCACCUCUGCCGUGGCCUGGAGAGUGCUCGGUGGUUGGCGGAACGUCUGCCUACCGCGUCGGCGCUGAGUGAUACGGUAACGUCUCUGGUUCAGCAGAAUGAACGCUUCCUCGAACUGAUUGCGCGUGCAUUGGAUAUUGAGGCGGCGCCUGUAGCCACCCCGUUGUCGGAACGUCGCCAGGCAGUAACGACGCCUUCGCCACAGGAGCGUGCAGCGAGUGACGCGGCCGAUGAGCACCGUUUAUCCUUGUGGCAGGAGGUAGCGCCCAAGACACCCACUGUGGAGGACUUGCAUCUAGCUUCUAGUACGCUGGCACAACUGCAGCUGGCGCCUGACGAGAGCCCGAUCUCGGCGCUUACGUCAUCGGAUAGCGCCAAGCCGGGUCGAAAACUCAACGGCGAUGCUUUGGAGUCCUUGUACCGGGAAAAAGUUUCCCAAUUUGUUCAACGACAAGUAUCGGUGAACGAACUGGCUACCUGGUGGCAACGCCUCCGCGACCUCUGGGCAUCGAACGGGGACACCUGGCUCUCUGCCGAUGCGCUCUUGCAUCAGUGGGAAACGGAGCGCACCAGACUGAAGCUGGUACUGCUUGCGCUCACUCAAAUGGAAAUGCUCACCAGCCGUUGGGAGAACAACGCAUGCUGGUAUGCGCUCAACGAGCCGGCGCGCUCACCGUAG